AUGUCGCUUUGCCAGAAUCGUCUGACGGAGGAGAGGUAUGUGGCUGACAACGUUGCAUAUGCCUCUUAUGGCGUGUCAUUCCUCAAACUAACCCCAAACGCGACUAUCUACAGAAAGCAGUGGCGCCGAGACCACCCUUUUGGCUUCUAUGCAAAGCCGCAUCGGACUCCUCAAGGAACACUUGACCUCAAACGAUGGGAGUGUGGUAUCCCCGGAAAGGCGCAAACCCUCUGGGAAGGCGGGCUUUUCAAGCUUGACGUUACUUUCCCCGAUGAAUACCCCACUAAGCCGCCGAAGUGCAAAUUCGUGCCUCCGCUUUUCCACCCCAACGUCUAUCCAUCCGGCACUGUGUGUCUUUCGAUCUUGAACGAGGAGGAGGCAUGGAAGCCCGCAAUCACGAUCAAGCAGAUCCUUCUUGGUAUUCAGGACCUGCUAGACGACCCCAACCCUGAGUCACCAGCUCAGGCUGAAGCCUACAACUUGUUCAAGAAGGAUCGGCCAGCGUAUGAGAAGCGAGUUAGACAAGUCGUGAGGGAGAACCCGGCCCUUUAA